UUAUUGUGAUUAAGUUGUCAAGAAUUUCAGAUGAUAGUUAAGAAUGAACAGACAUGUUGACUUUUUUGUUGAAACAGCCGUAAAACGAAGAUAAUUAAAAUGUAUCGAAGAUUGGUUUUUAUUCUUUUUCUGCCCUGCAUUUUCUCAUAUAGAUUAAGAGAAAAUCCACGAGUUGGGCUGAAACGUCACAACAAAGAGCACAAAAGAGAACAGUCAGACAAACAGAGAAGACACACCUAUACCCAGCUGUUACGAUCAUCUCGUCUACUAGAAGAUGAACAGUACGAUGAUCUGUUCAGUUCAAGAGUUGAGCUUAAAGAUUCUGAAGUAUACAGAGGAGCGAGAGAAACUGCUAGAGCUCAAGGAGCACCAGAUAUACUCAAACAGGUUUUACUUGGAGGUGAAGUAGAAUUUAAUUGUUCUGUUGAAUAUCUGGCAGAUAUUACUGAACUGUCUCUCUGGUGGAUUAAAGAUGGAACUAAUAUCAGUCAAGAAGCUGGGAAAUAUAGUAUUGAGGUUUCCAAGACAAGUGACGGCCUGGUAUCUAGUGAACUGACUGUUGAGAAUAUAGAUUGGUCUGAUACUGGAGUAUACCAGUGUAAAGCUGGAGAUGGAGGAGAUGGUCUCAUUGAAGGAGAUCUUGCACAUCUAGUUGUACACAGCAAACCAAAGAAUACAGAACGAGUUGGAGGCUCCGGACCUGUAAACAGUACACUAGAACUCUCCUGUAGUUUCCAGGGAUAUCCUCGACCCAACAUUAGCUGGUUGUACCAGGGGAACGCCGUGAGGGAGAACCAGCUCAAGUACGAGAUCACUGAGGACUACUCCUCGGAUAAAACCGUUAAAUCCCUUCUCAAAAUCAUCAAUCUCAGCCACUACGACAACGGGACCUACAUCUGCUAUGGAGAAAAUGCGCAUAACUCGGACACAGCUUUUGUAUCCGCGUUGGUGUUUGAUACCCCUGAGCUGGUUGUAGAAACUAUUAUUCCAGUGACCUCUAGUAAACUUUACCUGAACUGGACUGUAACCAGCUGGAACCUGCCGGUCCGUCAAUAUUUUCUCCACUUUAGGGAGGAGGGGGAGAAUGCCUGGGAGUAUCAUCAGGUUUCUGAGAUAGACCCUGAGAGCACUAGUUUUCUAAUGUCCAACCUGACCGCGGAUAAAAGCUACCAAAUCAAGCUGGCCGCCAGCAACGAGAUCGGGACGGGAGAAUUCUACCUGUAUCCGGAGCAGGUUAAAACCCUGGACUUUGAUCCUGAAUUCAUCCCUGAAAUCUCCAUCAAGGGGAUAACUAAGAACUCCAUCUCUGUCGGAUGGAACGACCCACCCGAGAAGGUUGCAAAACAUAUUCAUUUCUACAGAGCAACCAAGGGAAGCGGAGAGUUUAUCUCCGAAGUUAUUCAUAAACAGCCAUAUCCUCUCCAUCUUUGGAGUAACCUAGACUCCGCUACAACCUACGAGUUCACUGUCUCCGCCUGCAACGAGUACAGCAUGGAGUGUUCCUCCCCAAGUGAAGUUAUGUCAGGAACAACCUAUGACGGAAAGUCCGGUCCGCCGGCCGAUGUUCGGAUGAGUUGUCGGUCCGAUAACAUCUCCAAUAUGAACUGGGUUGAUGUAAGAUGGCAGCCUCCUCUUGAACCUAACGGAGUGAUUGAGUUCUACAAUGUAGAGCUGACGGGAAGCUCGAGGUUCCAGGACGAGAACGGGAAGAAGACUGUGAUCUCGACCUCGCCUCAGACCAAGACGGAGGACGCAGCGGGAAAUGCGACCUUGAGGAUGACAAGAUUUGAUUUCCUGGAUCCAAAUACUAACUAUAGUGUCAAGGUUUGUGCUGUGACUGGUAGUAAAGAGUGUGGAGCCUGGAGCUCGGAUGCAUGUAACAUGAAACCUAGAGCUCCUCUGGAACCUGAACUCAACAGGUUUAGUUGGACUGCAGAGGAAAAGGAGGAGAAGAACCUCUUCAAACUCUCAAUUCCAAAGCUGUCAGGACGUAACGGAGGGAUCUGUUGUAUCCGGGUGGUUAUGGUUAAACUCAAGACCGGAGAAAGUAUAUCCAACCUGCCAACUGAUCCUGGGAAGCUCAAACUGACCAACUACGCUGCGGCUCAUACAGACCAGGGUUGGGGAGCGUAUCUAGCUGAGGUUAUAUCUCCAAUCUAUAUGGGUCGGGACGUGUAUGUCGGAGACGGAAAGAACACGGCUGCACUAGGAUUAGGAAACUGCCCUGAAUGCCAUCCUUACAGCCGGGAUAUACACAAGAGGUUUACCAACCCGGAUGUGUCCGAAGCUGCAAUUAUUGAGGAUGGUGUCCUCGACGCGGCCAACAACUACACCGCCUUUAUCGAGGUUGUUAUCGUCGGCGGUGGAGUUGGACGUUCUGCGUACAUGGUUUCUAGAAAACCAGGAAUCGACUCCGAACCUGUUAAAGUCAAUACCGUCCUAGUCUCGGUACUGGGUGUAUUGGCAGGGUUGGUUCUUGUUGCUCUAAUCCUUCUCAUGGUCUUAUUUAUACUUAGAAGAUACUCAAAGCAGGUUGCAACCCAACAAGGUGUUGAAAUGGAUCUUAAACAUACUUUCCGACACUUCUGCUCAACACUUAGAGGCGUAGGACAUUCACAGUUUCUGCUGACACAAGAGAACUUUGCAACCCCUGACUUGCCGCCGAUAGAUAAGUCAGGGAUGGUAGCAGCCUACCUAGAGCGCCACAAGGACAGCGACUACGGGUUCCAGAGCGAGUUUGAGAGCCUGCCGGAGAGUUAUAACGACCGAACUACACAGGCGUGUGAUCUACCCUGCAAUAAACCGAAGAACAGGUAUCCGGAUAUCAAGGCUUAUGAUCAGACCAGGGUUAAACUAUCAGCUACGGAUGAUGUCGACGGAUCAGAUUAUAUCAAUGCUAACUUUGUAGUGGGGUAUAAGGAGCGUAAGAAAUGGAUUUGCACACAGGGCCCUCUCAUCUCAACCCUGGAGGACUUCUGGAGGAUGAUCCACGAGCAGGGGGUGGAGAUUAUCAUCAUGUUGACUAACUUGGAGGAGUACAACAGGAUCAAGUGCGCGCAGUAUUGGCCCGGGGCCGGGAACUCCGUCUUCGGCCAGGUCACCGUUGGAUUCGUCGAGGAGAAACGAUAUUCGGACUUUGUAAUCCGCGAACUCACACUCUCGGUUCACGGCAGUAAAUCUCGGACAAUCUAUCAGCACCACUACCUCCAGUGGAAGGAUUUUAACGCCCCUGAGCACGCCCCUGGGAUGUUGAAGUUUGUGAAGAGAAUAAAUGAAGCGUGGUCGGGUUCUAGUCCUAUUCUAGUCCACUGUAGUGCAGGGGUGGGAAGGUCUGGCACACUCAUUGCUAUUGACAGUUUGAUACAGAAUCUGGAUGAGGAGGGAAGUAUCUCUAUAUUUCAAACAGUGUCAGAUCUACGACGACAGAGGAAUUAUCUGGUUCAAAGUGUUAAACAAUAUCAGUUUGUUUACAGGGCUAUCAUGGAAUACUCACAGUUUGGGGAUACAGAAUGCGAAGCCAGCAAACUCAAGGAGAGCUGGGUUCAGCUGGCCCAGGAAGAGGAUGGAUUGAAGAAACAGUUUGAAAAACUUUCAAUGGUUGUUGACGAUAGAAAGGCGUUGUCUGUAGCUACUAACCCUGAGAAUAGAACUAAAAACGGGAACGAUGGUAUUGUUCCUUAUGAUAGGAACAGGGUUAUCCUUACACCAGACGGAGCCAGACCGCACUCGACUUAUAUCAACGCAUCAUUUAUUGAGGGAUAUCAUAACGAUGAAUCUUUCAUCAUUAGUCAGGAUCCUCUACAGGAAACUGUUAUGGAUUUCUGGCGUAUGGUUGUAGAACACAACGUGUCUACCAUGGUAGUACUGAGUAGUGUCGGUGAGUGUUGGGUGUACUGGCCGGACCAGGAGGAGAAGACAAGGGAGUUCGGGUACAUUGUCGUCACACACACUGCACAGGAAAACAGGGUCGCAUACAUCAAGAGGGAGUUCACUGUUUACAAUAAAAAGUCGUUUGAAGAGGUUCAGCUGACCCAUUUUCAUUACACUGAAUGGCCUGGAGGUGAAGAGGAUACAGUUCCUAGUUCUACUCAUGGUCUUCUUGGUCUUACAGAGCAUGCUCUUGCUCACCAGGAGCAAGCUAGUCUUACUGGACCCAUAGCUGUACACUGCAGAUAUGGUUCCUACCGGUCUAGCAUCUACGUGGUCUUGUCUGUUCUGGUACAGCAGAUUAAGAAGGAGGCACGCUGUGACGUAUUCACUGGAGUCAGGAAACUCAGGGCUCAGAGACAAGGGAUGAUUCAGGACUUAACUCAGUAUGAGUUUGUACACCGAGCAAUAGCUGACUAUGUUGAGUUGUACAUGAAUAAGGAAGAAGAGUACGAGUACAGUGUACCGGUGGGUACAAUGGGUACCCUUGGUACUGGAACUUCAAGAUCUGGUAAAUCUGUUCAGUCCACCAAAUCUAAUGGUUCUGGUCCCUACUCGGUACCCGUGGGAACUACAGGGUCCAGCUGAUACAGGGACCCGGAGACGGUAGGAUCUUCGUCUCACAUCAACACUUACGAGAACGUGUCCUGGACCCGGAGAAAACAUAGAACCGGAGAAACUGGAACCGAACUCGAGGUUUCAGUCCUCCUCCAUCCUCGGCCUUGCUCCGAUACUAUAGAUUCACCAGACCAGAUCUCACCAGAUACUCACCCGUACUCUCCAACCCACCCAGAUACUCAACCCUUCUCUCCAACCCACCUGGAUACUCAACCAUACUCUAUAACAUAUCCGAAUACUCAACCUUCUCCAACCUACCCGGAUACACUUAUUUACUCUCCGACCCACCUCGUUACCCAGCCCUACUCUCCGACCUACCCUGAUGCCCAGCCCUACUCUCCAACCUACCAUGACAACAAAUCAUGCCCGGAUUCUCCGGAAAAUCAAAAAUUUGAGUUUGAACUUGACACCGGGUCGGGAUGUACUCCUAGACACGUGUUCCCGGAGCCAAGACGCACAAUGUAACCGGUAAAACCGGGUUCAAGUCGUGUAACGCUAUUUUCAAAAAACCAAACAAACCAAAUAUUUUGUUUGCUUCCUACUAUAGUUACCUUGAAUAUGCAAAGACAGUCCAUAUUCUUAGUUCUCAAAUCAAUUGAAAAAAAAUUGCGGAAAAUAUCAAAAUUUUUCUAUUAGUCAGCUUUUGUUUACUCUGAGUGCAACAAACCUAUUGAAUCUUUCCUGGAAAUAUCUUAAAUAAUUACGCUGUUUUGCUCGUUUUUUAAACUUUGCCACCGUUUUUUAUACAUAAACCCCUGCUGAAGUAUUUAUAUUUUGUGUACUGCUUUGUACUGUAUUGUACUGCACAAUUGUUAAACCCCUUGGUCAGUGCUUCGGACCUCAAAAGCCUGUUCUGCCUAAAUCUUGGAUCCAAUAUACUCAAAUGUGUUGUGUGGAAAACGGCAUGUUUUUUAAAAUAUCAAUUAUGUUUCUUAUAACUGUUUAUAUUUUCUUAAACGAAACAAAUUUUUUGCCAAAUAGUAGAAAAAUAGAGCUUCUUGACUUUCAUUAGAAAAAUAGAGGUUUCUGGUAUUAAUUAGUAGAAAAAAAUGAAAUCUAAACCAAACUUCGGGAUAUUUUCAAGAAUUCUCAGAAAAAAUGACGGAUUAAAAUAGCCGAAUACAACUGGCGACUUUUUUUUUUACUUUUUCUUAUAGUUUAAUCAAGCCUAUUAUG